AUGGCUUCAACCACUUCGUCGCAGCCUCAACAAAUCAAUGUUGCUGAUCUCGACCUCCAACAGCUAUCUGAUGUGCGCCGUCAGCUAGAGGAGGAAUUGAACCACCUCACAAACUCAUUCGCUCAGCUGAAGCAGGCACAAGCGAAGUUUAAGUCAUGCAUUGAGAAUGUCAGAGAAAUUAAACCUCAAAACAAAGGAACGACUAUCCUUGUUCCUUUGACCAACUCCCUAUAUGUGCCUGGUCACUUAAGUGAUGCGGAGAAUGUGAUCGUCGACGUCGGUACAGGAUAUUACGUGAAGAAGGCAUGUUCUCGGGCACAGGCCACCAAAUAUUAUGAAACAAAAGUGGAAUAUAUUCGCACUAAUCUCGAUACGCUACAAGAAACGAUACAAAAGAAGCAGGAGAAUAUGAGCUACCUCAUUAAUGUAAUGCAGGCUAAACUACAGCAGUCCCAGACACAGCCCACCAAGGUCUGA